AUGGCCGGUCAAUAUUCGUACCCGCCUCCUCCGCCCCCCCCUUCAUCUGCUUCCACUGGCUAUCCUUAUGGGCAGCCCCAGACAUACUCUCCCGCACCCCCUCGUGGCGGUGGGAGAGGUCGUGGCCAGCAUCAGGGACCUAGCCGAGGUGAUUAUGGAUCUCCUUAUGGCAGCUACCCUCAACAGGACUACAAUUCUCCUCACACUGCCUCGCCGUACAAUCACCAAGCACCCAGCAACUACUGGAGUGGCAGUCCCCAGAUGAACCCCCAAGUACACAACGCUCCGCUCCCCCAGACCAAUUACCACCCGAACUAUGCGCCGCAAGGGUAUGCGCCGCAGCCCCAUGCCACUUAUCCCACGAGUGCAUACCCAACCAACGGCCAACGACCGUCAUAUCCGCCCGCAUACAACCCGCCGUCAAAUGAUUACUCUGCGACUCAGUCGUGGAGUGACACUUCAUCGCCUUUCUCUUCACAUUCUACCAGAGGUGGACGAGGUGGAUACAGUGACCGAGGUGGUCACAGGCCAGAGCAAGCAAGUGGACAGGUUCUACGUAUGGGCUUUGACCAGAACGCUGGUCAUGGCACUCAAGCGAGCAAUGGCUACGCCCCGCCCUAUCCACCCCCUGCCCCUCAGCACCAUUCUCUAGCACCUUACCAGCAGCCGCCAUACCACAGUUACCCCCCUGCUGCAGCUCCUUCGUACUUGACGUCUUCUCAGAACUCGCACUCCUUUAAUAACAGAGGUCGUGUUCGUGACGGGUUUUCGAGCGGCAGAGGCCGAGGCGGCCACAACGACCGUGGCGACAAGUUUCGCAAUCGCGGCGGCCAGCGCUCUUAUCACGACCACAACUCGGCUCAGAAGUCUGACCACUCUGCCAAAAAGAAGAAGAGGAAGACAAAUACCCUCGGUCUUACCCCUGGUGACGAAGAGUCCGAUGACGGCUCAGGUGAUGAAGAGAAGCAUCUGACCGACCUUCUCGGCCCCGAUGUUCCUGUAAUCUCUGAUUUAGCAGAUUGGAUUAAGGAGCGCAAGGCAAAUUUUCCCACAAAGGCACGUAUCGCAGCCAAGCAGGCUGCAGAACAGGCCAAACGCGCCGAAGUCGGUGAUGCUCAAAAGCCUACUUCCAAGAUCGACAAAGACGUGAAAGAGUUGGAGAAACUGAAAAGAAAGAUGGCCAAGAUAGAGGACAAACUUAAGAGAAAGCGAGAAGCGGACGAUGAGGGUGAUGACAUGAGGGUAAACGAAAUCGAGUCUUCUCUCUCCUCUUCAGAUGAUGAGAAGCCUGAGUCGCUGUCGACUCGUAAGCCUUCGCACCAACCCCCUCCUCCAAUGAACCGUGCAGACCCGACCAACCACUGCAAGUACUACGCCACGGGUGGCACCUGUGGGAAAAAGGGCAAGUGCCGAUUCAAGCAUGAUCCCGCGGUGCGAGAAAAGGCCCUUCAGGAGCAGGCAAUGAAUGGCGGACGCAUGACUCUGAAACAGCUACUCUUGCGGAAUGACAAACACAACGACGAUCUUGCUGUUCUUCAGAGCAUCGCGACCCUUAAAGCUACUGGGAAGCUCCCACCAUCGGGAUCACUCCCGCCCACCAAUCCCACAACAUCUGUUCUAAUCCAUCCAUUGCCAGCCAAGGUUGAGUACGUAUCUCAGCAAUCUCAACCCCCUCCAGGUCUUGUGUCCACUCAAACUAACAAGAAGGGUGCAAAGAAGUCUCUAAAGCGGCAGGCCCAGAAACCGAGCAACCAUCGACUCGAUCUCCGCUCUGCCUCUCGCUCUCACCCUGCCAGCACAAAGGCAUACUCGAACGUUUCGAAACAUGACCCAUUCAAACAUAGCUUCUCGAAACACGGCUCCCACGUGGAUGUGAUGAAUUAUCGACCGCCUGUACACACUUUGCUAAAAUCCCCUGCUAACGCAGACCUUCGCUCAAAAUAUGUUCCGAAACAUAUAUAUUACGAGGAUCCGCGCAGCAGUACCGCUCGGGACCUUCAACGCUCCCAUGUCUCUCCUUAUUUCAUGGAGGCUCGCCCAAAGAAGGCUUUGGGGUGCCUUCCAAAAUACGACUUUCACAACAUGCGUGGCUCUCGGUGGCGUCAAAAUCCGCUUGUCCGGUCUCAGUCUGGAUCGGGAGCAGUUCGACCAAACAAGGCGUCGAAGCCUGAAUCGAAGAAGUUGCGUGUUCCUCCUCGGGGCCAACUUUCCCCAUCCUCCUCCAUUUCCAUCAAAGCGGAAGACCGUCUUGAGAAGCGUUCUAAAGGAGACUUCUACACAAACUUGCGGGGCUUCGGGUUCAACACCAAUUUUUAG